AUGGCUAGAGGACCAAAGAAGCAUUUGAAGAGAUUAGCAGCUCCAUCCCACUGGAUGUUGGACAAAUUGUCCGGAACCUACGCCCCAAGACCUUCCGCCGGUCCCCACAAGUUGAGAGAAUCCUUGCCAUUGGUUGUUUUUUUGAGAAACAGAUUGAAGUAUGCCUUAAACGGUAGAGAAACCAAGGCCAUCUUGAUGCAACAACACGUCAAGGUCGACGGUAAGGUUAGAACCGACGCCACCUUCCCCGCCGGUUUCAUGGAUGUUAUCUCCUUGGAAGCCACCAACGAAAACUUCAGAUUGAUCUAUGACACCAAGGGUAGAUUUGCUGUUCACAGAAUCACCAACGAAGAAGCUUCUUACAAGUUGGGUAAGGUCAAGAAGGUCCAAUUGGGUAAGAGAGGUAUUCCAUACGCCGUCACCCACGACGGUAGAACCAUCAGAUACCCAGACCCAGCCAUCAAGGCCAACGAUACCGUUAAGAUUGACUUGGAAACCGGAAAAAUCACCGAUUUCAUCAAGUUUGACACCGGUAGAUUGGUCAUGGUUACUGGUGGUCGUAACUUGGGUAGAGUGGGUGUAAUUGUCCACAGAGAAAGACAUGAAGGAGGAUUCGACUUGGUUCACAUCAAGGAUUCUUUGGAAAACACUUUCGUCACCAGAUUGUCCAACGUUUUUGUCAUUGGUACCGAGGCCGGUAAGCCAUACGUGUCUUUGCCAAAGGGUAAGGGUAUCAAGUUGUCUAUUUCUGAAGAAAGAGACAGAAGAAGAGCCCAGAGCGUCCAGCGGCAACAAAAAAUCCCAGAGAAUACUACCACCGCUUUUUCCCCCAUCCGAGACAUUCGUUGGGGAGAUAUUAACUUCCUCCACACCACCGACACCCAUGGCUGGUACUCGGGUCAUUUAAAUCAAAAACAGUAUAACGCCAAUUGGGGGGACUUUGUGUCUUUCUCGAUCCAGAUGAAGAAAAAGGCACAUGAAAACAACCAGGAUUUGCUCCUAAUUGAUACCGGUGACAAGCACGACGGCAAUGGUCUUGGAGAUGUCACUGUUCCUAAUGGAGCCAAGUCAUUACCUAUAUUCACAAAACAGGACUACGAUCUCAUUACUAUUGGAAACCACGAAUUGUACGAAUGGGAGAACUCGGAAUCAGAAUAUGACUUUGUGGUUCAACGGUACAAAGACGCAUACAUUCUGACUAAUGUUGAAAUUCUCGUCAAUGGCUCGUUCCACAGUUUUGGGACCAAGUACAGAUAUUUCGAGACUCCAAUCAACCAGUAUAAGAUUUUGCUGUUUGGAUUCUUGUUUGACUUUAACAGAAACAACGACAAGACUAAAGUGACACCCAUUUCAGAGGUUCUUCAACAGGACUGGUUCUUGGACAUCUUGAAACUGCAUCCUUCACCUUCGGUGGAUUAUAUUGUUGUGAUCGGACACAUUCCUAUCACCCACGAGUGGACAGAGUUGGACCUUUUGCAUAAGGUUCUCAGAAAACAUUACCCAGAAACGGUGAUUCAGUACUUUGGUGGCCACAGUCAUAUUCGAGAUUUUGUGGUGUACGAUGAAAACCUGACUUCGCUUGAGAGUGGGAGGUUCUGUGAGACGGUUGGGUGGUUAAGCAUCGAUAGAACUCGUCUGGGGUUGAAUCAGUUUUUCCGAAGUUAUUUGGAUUUCAACCUCGACUCGUUCAAACACCACUUAAACUCUUCUGAGCUUUCCACCAAGAAGGGCAACGACAUUAAAGAUUUGAUUGUGAAGACCCGGGAGGAGUUGAAUUUAAAUGAGUACCUUGGCCAUGUAUCUUCAAACUACUACAUGGACUAUGUACCCAUUACUCACCCUCAUAGUAUUUUCAAAUUGUUGACAGACAAAGUGUUACCAUCGUUAGAGGUCAAUGGAGCAGAAGAGAGAGCCAUUAUUAUCAACACAGGAUCCGUUAGAUAUGAUUUAUACAAGGGGAACUUCACCAUCGACACCAAGUAUAGUAUUUCUCCCUUCAAGAAUGACUGGGUUAAGCUAAACUUGCCUAAAUCCAUUGCAUUGCAAGUAUCCAAGCAAUUGAACCGCAAAACCUACAUCAAUUUACUUCCUACCAGUCAGUUUUCAUACAUGACAAGAAACAAGUGGAAUUUUUUGGCGACCAUGAGUCCAAAGUUGGGAUCUUUACAGCAGGUAUUCAGAAGUCCAAGUACUUUGAAGCUCUCCAAAGGGUAUGUGACUCACGAUGAUUUUGGGACGGAUGGAGAUGAUAACAUCCACAAACCCACAAUCAACUUUCCGGUGCCAAAUGUGGUUGAAGCGGUGCAAAUAAAUGAUAGGAAGGAAACCAAUAUCGACUUGGUGUUCUACAACUUUCUUGCGAAGAAUGUGCUUCAGGUGGUUAAGGAUCUUACGGGGAGUGAUUAUUCGGGGGAGGUACAGUUUUACUCGAGGAAGUAUUUGGGUGAGUUGUUGGGGGAGUACGUACAACAAAAUUCUGUGUAG